CUUCUUUACCAAAAUUAACCCAACUCAAAGCGAAAGAGCUAAUAAUGGUCAAAGAGGGCGAGAUCAAGAGGAAGAAGCAUAUCCUCCAUUACGUACAUCCCAAGCGGAACGCAAACACUCACAACUAGCUACCACGCACACACUCCUUCCACCGGCAGUUAGAGGGAUCCAACAACCCACACUCCUCCCCUAAACUCCAUCACCGCCACCGCCGCCGCCGCCGCACACAGUGAGGGAAAAAAAAAAAUUAACCAUGUUAGACGGAACCGAAGACGAAGAGAAGUUUCUCGCCGCCGGAAUCGCUGGCCUUCAGCAGAAUUCCUUCUACAUGCACCGCGCAUUGGACUCCAACAAUCUAAGAGAUGCUCUCAAGUAUUCCGCUCAGAUGCUCUCCGAGCUCAGGACUUCCAAGCUUUCUCCUCACAAGUACUACGAACUCUACAUGCGCGCAUUUGAUCAGUUGAGGAAGCUGGAGAUGUUCUUCGAGGAAGAGACUCGUCGUGGUUGCUCCAUUAUUGAUCUCUAUGAGCUCGUCCAGCACGCCGGCAACAUUUUGCCUCGACUGUAUCUCCUCUGUACAGUAGGAUCUGUGUACAUCAAAUCAAAGGAAGCUCCUGCCAAGGAUGUUCUAAAGGAUCUUGUGGAGAUGUGUCGUGGUAUUCAGCACCCUGUUCGUGGACUCUUUCUCAGAAGUUAUCUUUCUCAAGUUAGUCGGGACAAAUUGCCGGAUAUUGGUUCUGAGUAUGAAGGGGAUGCAGAUACUGUAUCUGAUGCUGUAGAGUUUGUACUCCAAAAUUUCACAGAAAUGAACAAACUUUGGGUGCGGAUGCAACAUCAGGGGCCUGCCCGGGAGAAGGAGAAACGGGAGAAAGAAAGGAGUGAGCUGCGCGAUCUUGUUGGGAAGAAUCUCCAUGUUCUCAGUCAGAUAGAGGGUGUUGAUCUUGAUAUGUACAAAGAUAUUGUGCUUCCCAGAGUAUUAGAGCAGGUUGUAAAUUGCAAAGAUGAGUUGGCCCAGUUUUACUUGAUGGAUUGCAUAAUUCAAGUCUUCCCUGAUGAGUAUCACUUGCAAACUCUUGAUGUAUUGUUGGGUGCAUGCCCUCAGCUUCAGCCAUCCGUUGAUAUCAAGACAGUACUGUCUCAAUUAAUGGAAAGGCUUUCACAUUAUGCUGCAUCAAGUGCAGAGGUGUUGCCAGAAUUUUUGCAAGUGGAAGCAUUUGCCAAAUUAAGCAAUGCCAUUGGCAGGGUGAUAGAGGCACAGCCUGACAUGCCCACUCUUGGAGUUGUAACUUUAUAUUCAUCUCUUCUCACAUUCACUCUUCAUGUUCACCCGGAUCGACUUGAUUAUGCAGAUCAAGUCCUGGGAGCAUGUGUGAGAAAACUCUCUGGCAAAGGGAAAAUUGAAGACAGCAAGGCAACAAAGCAGGUUGUUGCUCUAUUAAGUGCUCCAUUAGAAAAAUAUAAUGAUAUUAUGACUGCCUUGAAGCUUUCAAAUUAUCCUCGUGUACUGGAAUAUCUCGAUGUUCCAACUAUUAGGGUCAUGGCAACUGUUAUUAUUCAAAGCAUUAUGAAAAAUGGAACUCGCAUUUCUACUUCAGACAAGGUUGAAGCAUUGUUUGAAUUGAUAAAGGGGCUUAUCAAGGAUUCUGAUGGGACCUCAAACGACAAGCUGGACGAAGAUGACUUCAAAGAGGAGCAAAAUUCUGUUGCCCGCCUAAUCCAGAUGUUUUAUAAUGAUGAUCCCGAAGAGAUGCUUAAGAUCAUAGAAACUGUGAGGAAGCACAUAUUGGCUGGAGGACCAAAACGGCUGCCUUUCACUGUUCCACCUCUAGUUUUUUGUUCGUUAAAGUUGGUCCGACAGUUGCAAGGCCAAGAAGAAAAUCCUUUUGGAGAUGAUGCAUCAACAACACCAAAGAAAAUUUUUCAGCUUUUAAACCAGAUUAUCGAGACUCUGUCCGGUAUACCUGUGCCGGAAUUGGCAUUGCAGUUGUAUUUGCAAUGUGCUGAGGCUGCAAAUGACUGUGAGUUGGAACCCGUUGCUUACGAGUUUUUCACCCAAGCUUAUAUUCUAUACGAAGAAGAGAUUUCUGAUUCAAGAGCGCAGAUCACGUGUAUCCAUUUGAUAAUAGGAACUCUUCAAAGGAUGCACGUCUUUGGUGUUGAGAACAGGGAUACUUUAACUCACAAGGCCACAGGGUAUUCAGCAAAGCUUCUAAAGAAGCCAGAUCAGUGCCGAGCUGUGUAUGCAUGCUCACAUCUGUUUUGGGUUGAAGAUCAUGAUAACAUGAAAGAUGGAGAAAGAGUCUUGUUGUGCCUCAAGCGGGCUUUAAGAAUUGCAAAUGCUGCACAACAAAUGGCCAAUGCAGCACGAGGUAGCACUGGAUCAGUUAUGCUCUUCAUUGAGAUAUUGAACAAGUAUCUAUACUUCUUUGAGAAGGGGAACCCACAAAUCACCGUUGCUUCAAUCCAGAGCCUAAUUGAGUUAAUCAUGAACGAAAUGCAAAGUGACUCUACGACAUCAGAUCCAGCUGCUGAGGCUUUCUUAGCUAGUACUAUGCGAUAUGUACAAUUCCAGAAACAGAAGGGUGGUGCAGUUGGCGAGAAGUAUGAACCCAUCAAGUAUGAACCCAUAAAGGCUUGAUGCGCAGGUUUGAUCCUGUUAGAUUUGGAACUAUUUGAUCUUGGGAUGUCUAGUGAUUGUUUUCAUUUAUCUUUCGAUUUCAACUGUGGGCCCACAAGUUUUGGUGUUCCUGAUAUUUUCUGACAGCAAAAACACUCGGCCAUUUAGUUAGGAUCAAGAUGCACUAUGUAACUCAUGAGAGAAUGAGUCGUUAUUGAACUUUUGCUUGAUCCUUUUUCAGGCCUUACAUCAAUUAAGAGAAUUAGUUCGUAGUACAGUCGCUAGAUUAUUCCAGUUGUGCAAAAGGUUUACACGAAGUCGUGGUUGUCUAGUUUAGUCUACAGAUUCAGAAUUACUGUCCAUAUUUAUGUCAUUUGCGCUAUGCACUAUGGAAUUGUGGAUACCGUACCAUUCUAUUUUUUUUUUCGGUGGACUGGAUACCAUACCGUUGUUAGUGUUUGCUUCUUUGCCUAGUUUGUAUUGGAAUGGGCUAAUAAAGUUUAGUCGAAUGUAA